AACACGUGAUGGCGAUAAGUAUAAAUACGUGAAGCUGGAUAAGUGGACGUUAGGUAGUCUGGACCGCCCUUUGUGUCAGGAUAUCAAGGAAGGCAAAUUUUUAGAAUGAGAUUAAUUUUUGUGUUGGGCUUUUUAGUCCUUAUAGGCGUGACUCUUGCAGAUUAUAGAGACUAUCUUGAAGAAGCAAGGGAAGCAAAACGUGACGAAGAACUUGAAGAUCUUUUAAGUGAUGAUGAAGACGAUGAAAUUACCGUCUCUGAUGAAGACCUUCCAGAAGAAGAUGAAAAUUUAGAAGAUCCCCGUGCGUUACCAUGGCGAAGUCGGCGUUGGAGGUUCCGCGGACGUCGAUGGAAACGCUUUAGAGGACGGCGAUUCAUCCGAAGAUACGGACCACAUAUUGUUCGCACAUAUCCUGUGUGGGGAGGGAAAAAAUGAGUAUUUAACAAAGUAAUGUUUAGAUAGAUUUUACGGAAAAAUUUGAACAAUAACUGUACAAAA